AUGAAGAUCUUUAGCACACUUCAAUUGGCCAUCUUCAUGGUCAUCUUGGGUACUAUUUCAACUUACGUUUCAGCUUUAAAGGUAGCUCUUCGAGGAAAUACAUUUACCUAUCCAACUUCAAAGAAGCGCUGGCAAUCAAACAAGAAAAUUCAAACCAGAAGCGUAGAUAACAACCUCUUAUACACCGAAUACUACGUAAUGGCACCUUUAGAGAUCGGCACUCCGCCGCAAAAGGUUCUCGUUUCACUCGAUACAGGCUCAGCUGAUCUUCUCCUGUAUGGUGAAGACUAUAGAAAGCAGCUAUACGGUGAUGAAGACUUCGCCCCGCCAUUUAACUCGAGCAUGUCCUCAACGUAUACAUCAAAUGGUAUUACCUAUGAAGCCUUCUUUGUUGAUGACUUUGCCAAUGUUACUGCGAAUGUCUCAGCCGAAACAAUCACCUUUGAAGGAUUGACUUUAAAAAAUCAACCUCUCGGCUUGAUGAUGAGCGGAGAUUGGUAUCCUGGACCAUUUGCGAUAGGUCUCAUGGGCUUAGGUUUCGAGUAUACUUCAAAUGUGAACGUCACACCAGUAAUGCAACAAUUGGUAUUCUCAAAAGCUUUCACAGAACCACUUUUCACAUUUGCACUCACUCGCCCAAGUUUCCUUUCUGCAACUUCAACCGAUGAGUCAACAUCUGAAGAAGGUGGUAUUUUCACCAUUGGUGAAAUUGAUCAAGAGCAAUACAAAGGCAAUAUAGGAUGGUCACCACUGAUCAGUACUAUUCCAGGAUCCGACGCUCCGUCCGAAUGGGCUUUUAAGCUCGACAAUAUCACUGUCAAUGGUAUCACACUUCCUGAAUUUGAAGGCCUUGUUGCGAUCUUCAAUACAGGUAUUCCUGAUACACUUGUUUCAAAUGCCCUUUUCAACACGAUCUUCGCACAGGUGCAAGACUCUUUCUUGGAGUUGGACGAUGAAGGUGACCCCAACAAUCCACAGGAUUACUACGUCUACAUUCCGUGUGGUGAAGACCUGGUACCAACAUUCAACCUUACUAUCUCGAUGGGAGGUGUUUCAGUUCCGAUCGAUUCAAGAGACCUAAUUGUCAGAAGCCCACUGUAUCACAUUAAUGGGAAAGAGUUUUGCGCGCCGAGAUUCGAUUCGAUGAACAAUACAAAUGUAUCCUUGAUCCUGGGACAGUACAUCUUCUUUUCUCUUUUUGCCGUUUUCUCUUUUGAUCCUCCACGAAUUGGCAUAGCUGAGCAAUCAGACGUCGUGCACAACAAAGGAAAUCAAUCGAACGCUUAUCAAACGUUUGAUUUCUUUACAACUUCGCGAACUAUUCGACCUACAUCAGCUAAUUAUACUCAAAAAGCAUUGUCCACAGUCCCAGCCUCUGCUACGACGCACUUCCAACAGAUCGAUUCCUUCACUUUCAGCGCUGGAGGUUCAUUCGCUGGCGGUACCCUAUCCAUGGCAAGUGUUACUCCGAGUACGAUUCUCCCGACAAGCAGCAAUGGUGUGGUUCCCGCAUUCACGCAAAGUACUGACUCUUUGGGUCACCUCCUCACAAUCUUUGCCCAUCUGACGGUCAUUUUACUGACUGUGAUGUUGAUAUUGUAG